UCCGCCAAGAAAAAAACAUCAUUUUGAAAUAAUCAGAUCAAGUAGAUCGGAAACUUUGAGAGUGAGACACGAAGAAAGAGAGAUACUUACUUACCGGUUUUGGUCGAAUGUCCGCAAGAUGAAUCGAAUAACGUCUUCUUCAAAUGCGCAAACGAAGAAGUUUCCUCAGUCUCAGCCGCAGCCGCCGGAGAAAAAGGAGAGAAACCUGAAAAGGGAGAAAUUUCCGGUGAACCCUCUGAGAGGUUUGAGUACAAGAAGCUCGGGAAGCAGUAGUAGUAGCAAUGCGAGUGGUUCUGGUUUAACUUCAAAUGAAGCAUCGAACGGUUGUCACAGGUUCUUGCUUUCUCAUUCUUUCUCAUCGUCUUCUUCAUCUUCUUCUUCGUCUGGAGUUUUCUCUCAUAGACAUGUGAGAUCAGUGGCUAAAACCCCCAAAUCUGCCCCAGUUGUGAGUAAACCCUUAACUAGAAAGAAACCAAGGUCUCUGGAGGAGGCUAAGCUGAAGUCCACUCUUACUGAGAAACCCACUUUGAAGAAGUCUCAGAGAUGUAUCACAAAUCCUAUAUCUGGAAAGAGACCAACUAGUAAGAUUACCAUGAAACGGAAUAAAGGUUCGGUUUUGAAGAAACAAUCUUCUGUUUCUAGAGAGGUUAAGCCUAGAGACAGCCAAACUGCGAUUAGAGUAGAUGACAGUAUUGCUCAGAGUACUCCUUUGUCCAAAUUAGGAAUUGGAUCUGAUUUAACUUAUAAAAGCAAGGGUGAAGCUACAGAUGAUGGUAGAUUAAGUAGCAAUAGUAGUAGUUAUCAAGACAGGACACCACCUGUUCAAGCUUCGGUAUCUCCGGAGAUACAGUGUGGAUCGUCUAUGAAUUUGUCUGCAUCAACUCAAUCACAAGCUUGUUAUGCUGCUGGGCAUUUACUCUCAGGUGUUAGUGAUAAGAGGAAAUGCAAGCCUAAAGGGAUACUCACUGUGGGUGAAAAUGGUUUUGAGGUUGGUAAGGGCAAGAUACUGAAUGAUUCUGAUGAAUUUGAUGAGGGAUACUUUGGUAAUGAUGGAAGUUGUGAUAACGUAUCUAUGAUGCCUUUGCCUGUGGAUGCGUCAGUGCACUGGCUUUUGUCUCCUUGUGAUGAGGAGAAAGAUUAUGAAAAGGAAAUAUAUGAAGAUGGCUUCUCUCAGUUUCAGCAAAUUGUUGAGUUUGUUGGCCAUGAGACUCCUUCACCAUUAUCAGAUCGUAGUGCUUCUCCGGAUUUAUGCAACAUUAGCAGUGGCAGAAGUCUUUCACCCAUGGAUAUAUGCCAAGGGACAACGAGAAGGAUCAGUUCUUCGCUUUCUCCAAAUGAGCUUUUUCGGUUCAGGAGAUUUAUUCACCUCUCAUCCUGUGAUGGUGAAGCUUCAGCAUUCGACACUACCCCUACAUGUGAGCGGGAUCCUUCUGAGCAUUUGAAAGAAGAGAAACUGUCUCCCUUAUCUGCUGAUACGCUAGGAAGCGAGAAUGUAAUUCAAACACCAGAAUCCAACUCAAGCUUGGACAAUUAUUUCGGACUCUCUUGUUCCCAAGCUGAAAUCCAAAAGAAACAUGAUGUUGGUUCAGAUUUGGAAUCACUGACAAGGACUUUUCAGUCAGCCGGUUUGGCACCAAGGAUCCAAGCUUCAUCACGAGAGCCGAGCGUCUCAAGUUUCAACUUUGACUCUUUGGCCACAUCUUCCGAUUCCAUUGAUCUCUCACAGUUUCAGAGAGCUUUAGUUGAAAGGAGUACUUGUCAUCCUCAUGUUACACUGGAUAAAGUGUCAAGGACACAUGUGGGAGUAGAGAAACUAAGUAGCCACAUGCCUGAAAUGAAAUCCCAACAGACUACAGAUACUGAAUUCGUCAUGCAAAAUUACAAAGAAAGUUCUGCUCCUCCAGGAAAAGGAAGGGAAUUGCUUCCAUGCUCUGCUGCGGAGUCAAUAAGCACUGAUGGUGGUGGUCUGAUUUGUUCUGAGGAUUCAAAUUGGAUGGCAUGUUACAAGAAUUAACUUCCUAGACUAAUAGAUAGAUAUAUAUAGCAUCGGUUUCUUUGUAAGUAGGUCCACACUAGCAGGUAGCUGAAGGAAAUUUCCUUCUGUAUUUGUGUUUCACUUGUUGUCUUUAAAUUUUCCACUAUAAACAGCAUUUUUUUUUAUAUGAGCGCAUUAAGAUUCUUGAAA